AUGUCCGACUUUACAAUGGCAGACGCAAGAGGACCGCUGGGACCACCACAGGCAAGUCCACAGGGUUCAAACACACCUAGGUCAAAAACACCAGAUUCGCAUUCAUCUGCAGGUUCGUACGUAUCCAAAUAUUCGGUUCCAUUGUAUGAACAGCCCGCGAAUCCCCCACUCGAUCCCAACCAUCCAUUGGCUGGCAAGAGUCUCCGACACACAGCAGCUAGAGCCCCUGAACCCAAUCGAGUUGGAAAUGGCUUCAUUUCAAACGAUGAAGCUAUAGCCGCGGCUCAAAUCCGAGAACAUCGAAAAUAA